CUGCUUACUUCUCCCCGGCAAUCACCACCACCCAAAAUGGUCCGUACAACUCCCGCUACUGCCACCACCACCACCGGCGGCGGCGGCUCACCAAAACGUCUAACCGUUAGCUUACUAGGCUCCGUGGCCUUUCUUUGGGCUGUAUGCACAAAACGAGCCAAGAGAAGGAUGACGAUGACUGAUUCAAACAACUCGCCGGCGGCGAAGCCGAAGGGCUCGAAGAAGCUUUUCGCGGCAAUAAGCAGCAAGGAGACGAACUCCGGCAGGCAUAAGAAGGUCGUCAACGACGAGGAAUUCGUCGUCGGCAGUGGAGGUUUCGGAGACGGAGGGUUGUGGCAGAGGAAUAUCUUGAUGGGCGAUAAGUGUCAGCCGUUGGAUUUCCCCGGCGCGAUUUAUUAUGAUUGCAACGGGAAGAAGUUGAACGAGCUUCCCAUGAAGUCUCCCAGAGCUAGUCCGUUGCCGAGCUAUCUUUACUCAUCGGCGGCGGAACGAGAGAAACAAGAGGGUCAAUGACCGAAGGCGUUGACGUAGAACAGUGCUUUUAUAGGACUUGUGUAUGUUUUGAAUUUUAAUUUCUUUCAAGUUUAAUCAUCGAAAAAUAGACUUAGCGAGUCUCAUUGUAACACAAUGGGAUAUAUCAAAACCCAUAGUUGGUUCGGUGAAGUUGUUGUUACGUGAUAAUUUUAACCGCGAGUGAUCAAUUAUCGAUCGAAAUUGAUAAAUUUAAAAUUGAG